UUGGCUCUGUCAUGUGAUCAGCUGUGUCCAAUCACAGCUGACUGCAUGUAAAUAAGGAAAUGCCGGAUAUCUGCAUUCCUCACCUCAUAAACUGUCACGCUGACAGCGUGUGAGGAGAGGAGAACCGAUCAUCAGUGCCCUGAUGAUCAGUGUAGCCCCAUCAGUGCCAACUGUCAGUGCCCAUCAAUGCCACCUGCCAGUGCCCAUCAGUGCCACAUUUCAGUGCAUACCAGUGCACAUCAAUGCAACAUAUCAGUGCCCAUCUGAGCUGCCUUUCAGUGCCAACUAUCAG